GCCAUGUACAUAUUUGUAUUGCUUUAGCGGUGCAUUAGCGUCAAAGCAACUAAAGCUGACGUAACAACACUGGAAAUCGACUAAAUCGCGGGGCUUCGACUCUUAUCAAAUCGCCACCUCCAACUCUCUAGGUUCUAGGUUAACAGCUGUCAGCUGGCAGCCAGCCUUUCCCAACUUCAGACCAGUCUCUCCCUUAGCCUUUCUCCAAUCAGUACCUAAUAUAUCAAUUAUCAUAGUAGACAAUCGGAAUAGGUACCUAAGGCUAGAGAAAUCAUAAUGAGAUCUUUGGUCGAGUCGACCACACGAUGGCAAGAGACUCUGAAGCAUAGCAUUAGCCUUGCAGAUCUGCAACGAGCCGUCAAGGACAACGGCCCGAGAAGCCCCUGCAUUUCGGGAUGUAGGUCUAUCUGCUGGAAGGUCUUCUUACUCACCCAGUCUACUAAUAUCGUGGACUGGUCCCACGACAUUUCGGAGUCACGAACGACAUACUCAUCUCUGAGAGAUCAUUUCUUAAAAUAUAUAAAGCACCCCGAGCAUCUUACAGCCGACUCCGUCGACCCCUUGGCAGAUGAUGCCAAUUCACCUUGGAACACUCUCCGCCAUGAUCAAGCACUUAGGGCUGAGAUUCUUCAAGAUGUUCAACGCCUGCCGGACGAGCCGUUCUACCACCAGCCUGAGAUACAGACGCUCAUCCUGGAUGUCCUUUUCGUCUAUUGUAAACUUAAUCCAGGCAUAGGCGGGUAUCGUCAGGGCAUGCAUGAGCUUCUGGCGCCAAUUGUCUAUAUCGUAGAACAAGAUGCCAUCGACCCGGUCGAUAUUGCUUCAAGCGAUUCAGUCGACCCAAGAAUGUUGGAAAUCUUAGACGCGUCGUUUAUUGAACACGACGCAUUCGCUCUUUUCUCAAAGGUCAUGGAUCGUGCAAGGUCAUUCUAUGAAGUUACCGAGUCGGCAACAAAUGCGCCGCUCACAACAUUUGAUCAGCGUUCUACUACAUCCUCUAUUGUCGAGAAAAGCCAGUAUAUACACGAAGUUUGUCUAUUCAAAGUAGACCCCGAACUCUCAACUCACCUUAAGAAUAUUGAAAUUUUACCGCAGGUUUUCUUAAUUCGCUGGAUCCGUCUCUUAUUUAGUCGCGAAUUCCCCUUUGACCAGAUGCUCGUGCUUUGGGAUACCCUCUUCUCCGUCGAUCCGUCAUUUAGACUGAUAGACUUGGUUUGCACAGCGAUGUUGAUCAGAAUUCGAUGGGACUUACUCAAUGCGGACUAUACUGUUGCGUUGCAAUUACUACUCAAAUAUCCACCCCCGCAGCAAUCACAUGGCCCAUAUACUUUCAUCGACGAUGCAGUCUAUCUUAGAGAGCAUCUAGACUCAGCCGGAGGCUCUGCGCUUAUAGCAAAGUAUACCGGAAGAUCUCCCUCGCCUUUAGGGGCUAAUUACGAAGCAUCUAUGCCUAAGGUGUCAGCUUCAAACAUACGGCGGAAGUUAGCUGGUGCUAGAUCACCUUUAUCACCUACUCGCUUCAAGUCACCGCAGGGUGGUAUGGAGGCAUUGCUACAAGGUGCGGCUAAGGGCGUACUCGAGAGAGGAGAGAAACUCGGCAUUAAUCAAGCAGUACGCGAUGCCAUGGUAGAGAUACGCCGUAACGUUCAAGAAGCUAGAACCUCUAUAAAGGCAGGUAGGGAUCUCUUAGGCGAACCGGGCUCGAGCACGACGGUACGAGCUGUCGCAAUGCUGGAUCGAAGAAAUAGGCGCCUGGCAGCGUUACUUGACGAGCCUCUUACUAGUUUGAAGAGUCUUGCAAGUUCCGAUCUAGAAGACAAGCGGAAAUGCCUAGAUGCUCUCGAGAUUGCUGCUGCGAAGGUACAGUUCAUUAAAAUAUACCUAGAAGAUUCUACCUUGGAUCUUCCAGACGAGGAAGAGCCAGUGUCGUCGAUACCAUCAGAUACACCCACCGGCGGCGACGAAAAACUCGACCCCGAGCCUUUAAGCAAGGCGGUUGCAGCAAUAUCUCUCGACGCGCCAGCUCAAGCAAUAUAUCCUCAAAAUCCCGAAAACACAAACCCCUUGUCAAUCAAGUCGUCCCUACCGGAUCCGGAUAAAAUUAACAUAGAUAAUGAUCCAUUAGGCUCUGGGGCGCCAGCAGCGUCGAUAGUAGAGAAGAAGCUGGAACGUCCCCAACCCCCUAUCCCUACACGGUCCACCCUCGCACAAUCCUCCUUCUCCUGGAUGCUAGAACCUGACGCUGCGCCAUCAUCUUCCUCUCCCUCCAUAUUCCCUUCAAACCUACCACCUAUAGAGUCUUCGCACCGCAAGAGACCGUCUGCGAACGCUAGCCGCGAGCGCACCGCGUUCCUGUUCGGCGAAAUUGCUGCCGACGAAACUGGAAACGCCGUGCUGCCGGGGGAUAUCUUUGGCAUGGAGGAGAUACGGAAGGGGAAGAGUUAAGGCGGGGUAGAUGGGCCAAGGGCUGUAGUUUGGUAGUUUGACGGCUUGGGUGGGUAUAUGCAUAUAAAUAUCUAGCCUAAGGACGUAAUGUAACGAGAUUUAUGUGACUAUAUGAAUAUAAGGCAUAUUGGGUAUAUUUUAGGUACUUAUCUAUAUCGCGUAUAGCUACGAAGUAUAUGCGGGCUUCAAGGAACACGACGUUCUCGUGAUUAAUAUCGUACUCGACUCCGAGUACGAGGUAUAUAAGUAUUUGAUUUAGUCGAUAUAUCGAUAUCUUAUGUUCCCCUUGGCUUCUCGUCACGCCGUCACGUUAUCAGAACAACCAUACAAGAACCCUAGUCUUCUCUUUUCGGGUAGUUAAACAAAGGAAAGGCAAUCCAUAAAUUCGUCAUAUACCUUAUUUCCUUUACUUGUCUACAGACCUAACUACAUACCUCAGCUCACAGCUCUCCAGUCACGUCCCAGCACCUCACCCUCCAAUCCAACUUCAGUGUAUCCCGUACCCGAACCCAUAUGCCAGCCCAACC